GGAAGAUCUUUCCGUGCGUUCCCUGGGAGCCAGAUGCUGUGGCAGUCCACGCUGUCUCUUCCAAGAGCUCUGUCCUGUGAAUGCCAUCGGACCCAGGACCCAUUCCUUGUUCAACUCAGCACGGUUUGACUGAAGAGAUGUGGCUGGCAUCAGGAGGACUCCAUCCAUUCUGCUUCCAAACCUGGUUCCUGAGCUCCCGAAUCCCAGAAUUCAGCUCCUGAAUCUAGUUUCUGUCAUCUGACUCUCCUGCUGCAGCAUCAGUGGUGAUGGUGACUAAUUGCCCUCAGGAUAUUUGGUUCAGUAUUGGUAACUGUUUGAUCCUUUUCCAUAGCCAUGAGCUGGCACCCUUAGGUCUGACUGCACAACAGAUUUUCAACAUGCUGAACACAACACACGGCCGGGUGCAGAGCUGGCAGCCUAUAGCUGGGAUUCUGCUGGCAAGCAAGGCUAACAACAGUUUCCACUGCAAAAUGUGGGCAAAGCAAAGCUCAUGGGGCAUUCUGAAUGGGAUCACAAACGAGGACCCAGAGGCUCACAGUCUUCUGGUACCAGCAUCACUGUGGAUAUCGCUGUCAUGGGAGAAGCACAUGGGCUCAUUACAGACCUCCUGGCUGAUCCUUCACUGCCGCCCAAUGUGUGCACUUCACUCAGAACAGUGAGCAACCUGCUUAACACGCAGUUAACCUUCCAUGCCAUCCACAAGCCAAGGGUGAGCCCUUUGGUGUCCUUCAGUGAGAACUACACCUGCUCUGACUCAGAGGAAUGCCCAGAGAAAGGAGAGAAACUAGCUAUUCCCAAGCGCUUACGGAGAAGUUUGCCUCCAGGACUGCUGAGACGAGUGUCCUCGACGUGGACCACAACAACAUCAGCCACAGGAUUACCUACACUGGAACCAGCUCCAGUGAGAAGGGAUCGCAGUGGAAGCAUCAAACCUCAUGAGUCAUCUGCACCCAGCACUGACUCCUGGAACAGCUCAAUUCUGAUGUCAAUCACAAAGAGCAGGUCCUUCUCCACCUCCUACACCAUGCCUUCUACCAACCACCUGAAUGCCAAAAGGCAGAGCCGACAAGGUGUCCCACCAAAUAUUUCGCCUCUCACCUCCCCGUGUCAUUCACCAAUUCAAGGGACAUCUGCUGCAAGUCCCACUAGAAAAAUAUCUUCUGUGUCAUUUCCAGAUUCUACUGAUACUGCCACCAAGCAAGGCUUAAAACCACACAAAGUCUUAACUUCCACUCAGAGUGCACCUAGCUUGUCAGACCCUAUUAUCAACCCUUCUGUCAUCUGCAGCAGCUGUGGCAGACCCUAUAACCAAAUAGAAGCUGGUGAAGGGACGCUAGAUAGAAAUGAUGGUACCACGCACACCCUGAACAGAACAGAUGAUCCUGCGCAAGCCACUUCUGACUACGAGACCAACAACAGUGACAGCAGUGACAUUGUACAAAAUGACGAUGAGGCAGAUUGCUCCAAAGAGCAGGCACGGAAGGGAUCCGUCUGUAGGACAUACGCUCCUGAGACCAUCAUUCUUCAUCCCUUGAUACAUCCUGAGGACAAGCCUGUACUUGCUCCUGAACCUCUGGUUAUGGACAACUUGGAUCCUCUGAUGGAGCAGCUAAAUAAUUGGAACUUCCCAAUCUUUGAUUUAGUGGAAAAAAUUGGAAAAAAAUGUGGUCGGAUUCUCAGUCAGGUAUCAUACAGGCUUUUUGAAGACAUGGGACUCUUUGAAACCUUUAAAAUACCAGUGAGGGAAUUUAUGAACUACUUUCAUGCCUUGGAAUGUGGAUACCGAGAGAUACCUUAUCACAACCGAAUCCAUGCAACUGAUGUUCUACAUGCUGUUUGGUACCUUACUACUCAGCCCAUCCCAGGACUCCCAACUGUGGUAAAUGAUCAUGGGUCAGCAAGCGACUCAGAUUCUGACAGUGGAAUCACUCAUGGCCAUAUGGGUUAUGUAUUUUCUAAGACAUACACACCCACAGAUGACAGCUACGGAUGCCUGGCUGGCAACAUCCCUGCCCUUGAGUUGAUGGCUCUUUAUGUGGCUGCAGCCAUGCAUGAUUAUGAUCAUCCAGGAAGGACCAAUGCCUUUUUGGUAGCAACAAGCGCUCCUCAGGCAGUGCUGUACAAUGACCGCUCCGUGCUGGAGAACCACCACGCUGCUGCUGCCUGGAACCUUUUCAUGUCAAGGCCAGAGUACAACUUCCUGACCAACCUCGACCAUGUGGAGUUCAAGCAUUUCCGCUUCCUCGUCAUUGAGGCCAUUUUGGCUACUGACCUGAAGAAACAUUUUGAUUUUGUUGCCAAAUUUAAUGCCAAGGUGAAUGAUGAUGUUGGAAUUGACUGGACUAAUGAGAAUGACCGCUUGCUGGUUUGCCAGAUGUGCAUAAAACUGGCUGACAUAAAUGGGCCUGCAAAAUGCAAAGAUUUGCAUCUGCAGUGGACAGAAGGCAUUGUCAAUGAGUUUUAUGAACAGGGUGAUGAAGAGGCUAGCCUGGGCUUGCCAAUCAGUCCUUUCAUGGAUCGCUCUGCUCCUCAGCUGGCACACCUCCAGGAAUCUUUUAUCACUCACAUUGUGGGGCCACUGUGUAACUCCUAUGACUCAGCCGGGCUGAUGCCAGGGAAAUGGAUAGAAGACAGUGAUGAGUCAGGAGACACUGAUGAACACGAAGAGGAGGAAACAGCAGAAACAGAAACUUGUGAAAAUGCUGAAUCCAAAAAGAAGUUCAAGAGGAGAAAAAUCUACUGUCAGAUCACUCAGCACCUGCUUCAGAACCAUAAAAUGUGGAAGAAAGUAAUGGAAGAUGAGGAGAGGUUAGCUGGGACUGAGAAGCAAGGCACGGAGCAGUCCACACUGUACCAAUCUUCAGAACAAAUCCAGGCCAUCAGGGAAGAGGAAGAGGAGAAAGGGAAGCCCAAGAGGGAUAAAGAGGAGAACGCAACUGUAGAAGCAAACCAGUGACAAUCUUUACAGCAGUAUUUGAAGGCAGAUUGACUUGUGCACAAACUCUUUCUCAAGCCAGCACAGCAUUUAGACACAACACUGUAGAAGUAUGGGAUACUGCGCCUACAGCUGUUUUAAUUUGUUUCUCUUUCCUUUUUAUGGUGAGGUACAUGGUUUAAACUCCUGUGCUCAAGGAAGCUUUCGCACUGCGACACCAGCUUUUACAGACUUCCCUGAAAGAGAUUUGGGGUGGGUGGAAUUAUAUGAAUAGAUAGAUAUAGCGCCAGGGUUAUUGGCUAUGCACUUCAGCAAAAUACAUUUAAUGAUAUGUUAUGGUCACUGUGAUAUUUACAGAUGAAAGUUACCUAAGGAAAUGCUGUUUCUAAAGCACAUUUGCAAUUAAUGGUAAGGUAUCAGUUAAGCGGGUUUUUCUCUUGCUGCUGAGGGAUAAACGUUCCAAAGCUUUAUAUGAAUGCUGAUACAUCCUGCCAAUAUAUGUGUGUGUGAGGGGGUGUGUGCAAGUGUGAGUGGAUCUGAUGUAAUAUAGCAGAGCUGGAGUUCUUAUUACACUAGUUGUAGCACAUCCCAAUACACAACAACAAGCAGAAGGCCAGA